UAUAUAUACAUAAUACAUACACAGAUCCCCAUGGAAAUUCAGAGAGGAAUGCCACCGAUUUCCCAGCAUACUUUGCUUUGCUGAAAUUCAUUCCUUUUGUUUCGAUUCAUACAAACUAUACACAUUUAUCUUCUCUCUCCCUCUCUCUAUAUCUCUCUAUCUAUCUAUAUAUCCAUCUCUAUAUUUCUCUAUAUAUAAGUAUGUGAGAGUAAGGAAAGAAAGAAAAAAGACUAAUUUCUUCGACUGGUUUUCUUGCUUAUAUGAUAUCCCUCUAGUUUUGUGAUAAACAUCAAAACAAGAAGAGAAGCCUUUUCUAGUGAGAGAGAAACAUGAAAUGAUUACUCCAUUUCCCACCCAAUGAUUGAUUGAGUUUUCGCCCAAUAAACUAAAAAAAAACAGCCAAACAAACCACUGCGUGUAGUGUGUGUAAACACUCAAUCCAAACAAAAUGAAAGACAUCAACGACACCACCACCACCGCCGCCGCCGCCGCAGAUAUCAGCAACUGGCUAGGCUUCUCCCUCUCACCCCACAUGAAAAUGGAGGCCGCCGCCGCCGCAACGCCCUCUUCCGCCGCCACGCCCAACAACAACUUCUACCUCUCCAACUCCGGCGCCAUCUUCGCCGGCGGCGACUUCCACGCCCCUCUCUCCGUGAUGCCACUCAAAUCCGACGGCUCCCUCUGCCUCAUGGAAGCCCUCUCCCAAUCCCACCCGCCUCCCCCAAAGCUCGAAGACUUCCUCGGCGCCGCCACCAUCGCCGCCGCAAGCCACCAAGAAAUGGACUUUUACACCCACCAAAAUCACUACUUUUCCAACUACAGCUUCUACCAGCACCAAAUCCCUCAAAUCCCAGAAGAGGAAAUCGCCCCAUGCCUCAAAACAUGGAUGGAUCACACCCACAAUCUGACCGAGGCGGCGCCGCCGCCGCAAUCUCUGAGCUUGUCGAUGAGCCCGGGCUCGCAGUCGAGCUGCAUCACCGCCUCGCUCCACCUCUCCGAAACGACGGAAUCCGCCGCCAUGGAAACGAAGAAGAGAGGAGCACAGCAGAAGCAGACUGUUCACCGCAAAUCCAUCGACACAUUUGGCCAGAGAACUUCUCAGUAUCGCGGCGUCACAAGACAUCGUUGGACGGGUAGGUAUGAAGCUCACUUGUGGGAUAACAGUUGCAAGAAGGAAGGGCAGACCAGAAAAGGAAGACAAGUCUAUCUUGGUGGUUAUGAUAUGGAAGACAAAGCUGCAAGAGCUUAUGAUCUUGCUGCUCUAAAAUACUGGGGGCCUUCCACCCACAUCAAUUUUGGCCUGGAGAACUACCAUCAAGAACUUGAGGAUAUGAAGAACAUGAGCCGACAGGAAUAUGUAGCCCACUUGAGAAGGAAAAGCAGUGGUUUUUCUAGAGGAGCUUCGAUAUACAGAGGAGUAACAAGGCAUCACCAGCAUGGGAGAUGGCAGGCGAGGAUCGGUCGGGUGGCCGGAAACAAGGAUCUCUACCUUGGAACAUUCAGCACGCAGGAGGAGGCCGCCGAGGCGUACGACAUCGCGGCGAUCAAGUUCCGGGGGGUGAAUGCGGUCACCAACUUCGACAUUUCCCGGUACGACGUGGAGAAGAUCAUGGCCAGCAACACUCUGCCGACAGGGGAGGUGGCACGUAGGACGAAGGAGGUGAGGCCCACCGCUGAUGUGGCGUCCAUCGAGGAGUGCCAUGCCUCGACCCUCUCCUCGACCCAGAGGGUCGAGGCAUGUGGCAGUAGUGCUCAAGUCGAGCACGUUUCCAAUGGAUGUGAUUGGAAGAUGGUGCUCCAUAGUGAUGCCCCGGUGCCGGGGCAUCAGGGGAGCGUUGGCACGCUCGAUGUGAAGACGUUGAAUCUCGGGAGCUAUCAGAGCCCUACGUUUUCCGUGGGCCUCCACGAUUUGAUGGGCGGUCUCAACUCGAGCCAGAGGGGGGUGUCGAACGCCACGAUGGCGCCCCACUUCUCGAACGCGUCGUCCUUGGUCACGAGCCUGAGCAGCUCGAGGGAGGCUAGCCCCGAAAGAUACGGGGGGCCUGAUAAGUUCGUGAGCCCCCCGACUAAUGUGGGCGCUUGGAUCCCGACCGCUCAGAUCAGGCCGGUGUCGCUCACCACGGCUCACAUGCCGGUGUUUGCGGCAUGGAACGACGCCUGAAGGCAGCUCCUUCGGGCGUCGUUUCACAGGGCUUCAUGCCUUUGCAUGAAGUGGGAGAAAAAAACAAAACCCCCUAAGAAAAAGGGGAGAAGGGCAGAAGGCAGAUUCAAAAGAAAAUGAAGAAAAAAAAAUGGAUUAAGCUUUUUUUGUGUAAUGGUGGAAGACAUUGGAAAUCAUGGAGGGGACAAGGGUGGGAUCCAGUUAUCUAUUUGUAACAAAGUGUUUGGAACUUUUUCCAAACUCAAAAUUUGCUUUUUCUUCAUAUUGGGAUCAAGAUUUUGCAAAAUGGAGGGAAUCUUGUUAGGGCUCUCAUGAUUAAAUUAACCUUUGUAUUAUUGAAUCUGCUUUAGUUAUAUAUAUAUGAUAACAUCUGUCACAUUAAUUCC